CCCACUUGUCCUACUUGCACAGCCAGUUCCACUCCCAUCGUGUCAGAAAGACGGGUUCGUAGACAUCUGACACACUGAACGGGCCCGGAUAUACAACCCUCCCCAACUCAUCGCCGACCCACUGGUUCUGACUGCCUGAGUGACGAGUGAGUGUUGUACAAUCCCUCACAGCCUCCCUCCAGCCUCGAGCAGCACCUGGAGAUACCUGAAGACGUCUGGGCCUGUCGGGACUGUUGAUUGAACGACGAGCCCCAGGUUCAAGACGAAUAGAGCAAGGAAGAGGUCCUGCUGGCUUCAAUCCACCUGAUUGCAUUUAGUUCAUACCUAGUGCUCUUGAGGGCCAGAUCCUGGAUGGGACCUGUGAUCACGUACGUCCAAGAACAACAACAAUAAUAACAAGUCCUACUAUCUAAUAAUGCCCCGAACAAAGUGACUGAGUCACCCACGGACAUUAGAUAAGUCUCAGGAGUUGCUCGUGUCUUAUUGAUUAUUCAUACUAGUAUAAUAAUCCAUUCCUACGAAGAUUGUGAACGUGAGCAGUGUGAGUGAGUGGCGUGUCAAGAGAAAUAGUGGUACUACCGUGAUCACGUUUUCCAACGACUCGCUGGAUCUGAAUGAAGCAUGGAAAAGAAGUCCUACAACUGAGUCGGUGAUCGGGUUUUUUACAUUGUGGGUUAGAGUGGAUCGAAUUGACUGGCAGCUUCCGAAAGUCCCAAGUCACGGAGGAAAAUUCAAUUCACCUCAGCCUCUAUUUUCACAUUGACAACGAGGCGGAGUGAAACCAUCGAAACAUCAUUUCAAGGCGUCAGCUGGACUGGAUGGUCUAGUGGAAGAACUAACGUUUUGGUUUCACCCUUGCAAUUCCUUCAGGAUCUCAACGACGACGACGACGACAGGGAGAAUAUUCCUGAGUAGAAAUCCUCUUCAAGCAUGUGGAGUCCAACGCACGUUCAAGUCCUAGUGAAGCGAGCCCGAGGCCUGAUCUUGAAAGGGAAAAAUGGCACGAACGAUGCCUUCGUCACGAUCGCAUUGGGCAAGGAGAAGUAUCAGACAUCGGUCAAGGAAAAAGCGGCGGAUCCCGUGGAGUGGUGUGAACAGUGUGAAUUCCUCCUGCCCAACAAGAUGAUCCCAGCCCAAGGAAACACAGCGGAAGUUGUACUGACUGUCUUGCACCGGAAUUUCCUGGGUGUUGAUGAAUUCCUGGGCCUGGUUAACAUUCCACUCAGGGAUUUUGAUGUCUACGAAAGACCUAAGACGAAAUGGUAUUCCUUGAAAUGUAAACCGGGUCAAACGAAGGCUGAUUAUCGGGGAGAUUUGGAGGUUCGCACCUCGUUUACGGUGAAAUCUGUAAACGACAAACCAGACCGUGAAUUGGGUUCCACAGCGGAUUUGAAAUCAUCCAAGAAAGACAAGCACAAAGGCUCUUUGCAGUCCUUGAACAAAGCAGCCAACACAAUUGGAGGAUCAUUGCUCUCCUUGGGCACCAAGGAGAAGAAGAACUUGAAGAAAUUUGCCAAAACCGUCGGAAGUAAAGUGGACAAAAUGGGCGAGAAGGCCAAGAAGACCUUGUCCAAGACCAAUUUGAAUCGCGAUGACCAGCCCUCGGCCCUGCCCAACAAGCUCAAUAUGUCGGAUUUGGAUGCCCCGUUCAGUGCCUCGUUCAAAACGGAUUUCAGCCGAUCAGGAUCGGAUCGUCGAAACCGGGAUCCCGGGGUAGAGAGUGAUGAUGAAGAUGACAUGUUCAAGUUUGAUGCCUUAUCCCAUCGGAGCUCGGGGAGUUCCCUCAAUGUGGGUAAUUUGGGCUUGGUGAGCAAGACGUCCACCCCUAAUAGUGCUUCCAUGGAGAAUGUGAAUGGUGUCUCCACUUUAUCCCCGACCUCGAACGACUUGUACCGAAAGUCAUUUGGCACCCCCAAUAGUAAUCGAAAGGAUACUGUCAGCCCAUUGUCCACGCCCACAACUUCUCGCAGUAUCCUCAUGCAAGGACCUGCCAAAUCGCUUCGGAGCAGCGGGCCUGAGCCCGUUUUGGACGAAUGGGAGGCCAAGCUUUUAGGCAAGAAAGGAGUGCCUUAUCAGGGCUCGUCCAGACCCACCAGUCAUGAUGCCAUGUCUUUAGUGUCACAAGGCUCUCAGAAUUCGUUCUCAGCCAUUGGAGACAAAUCGUCCACUUUGCCUCAUGAUUCUUCGAACCGAUCCCGAGCUUUAACCCCUCCUCAGGUCAUAAUACAAGUUGAAACUCCCUCGGGUCGGAAGAAAAUCAUCCCAGUGGGUUCUGACUUUGAAAGCAGUCCCAGUCCGGAAUCGCCCAGAAGCACCUUUGAGACCCCCAACGUGUCUCGAAAUAGCAGUUCCGUGUCCAAAAACGAGUCACAUCAUAGCGUAUCCCGAAAUAGCAGUUCCGUGUCGAAAUCGACCCCCGAUCCAGGACCCGACUCAUUGGACGAAGAAAAGAAACGAAAAUCUAUCGGCCUCAAGGUCAAAACCGGCUACACUUCUAAACUGCAUCGCUCGUUGGGUGAGUUGUUGAAAUCGUGCCUGUGCGUGUGUAAUGUGUAUAAUAUUGUGAGAAUUGCAUGCUUAGAUCGACGCUGCUCGGAUAAAUAGGCGAUACUAAAAUUGCUUCAAUAUUUGGAGAACGUUGUGUAGAUACGAUGAGACUGGCUUAAUGACGGCAUCAGCAUGCGAUCAAAUUAUUUAGUAGGGUUGGCAAGCAUUCACGAAUAAUGAAAAAAAUGAUUUGAAUAUCGAAGAGAAAAGAAAAUGUUUUGAAAAGAUGAGAAAUAAUCCCGGACUUAGGGAUAUUUUGCGUUUUGAAUGUUUGUAAGAACCGCUUGAUUAUCUCGUGAACUAUGGUACCGCGGUUAUUUGGUAGAACUCUUCAAUGUACAUUUGGAAUUGGAAGCUCCAAAUAAAACUAUUUCUUGGUCGAACGGAAAUGUUCAAUCACUUGCAUGCAGCCAUUAGUAGGUGGUUAGCAAAUGUGUUUGCCACAAAGAUCGAAAUUGCUUUAUGAUAGUGAAAAAUAAAGUAAAUUAUUUUAACCUUUAAUUUGCUAAACAUUAUUGUCAGAUAGAAAAAAGGUUCAUACAUAGAAUGCCAGACUCGUUCUCAUCCCAAAAUACACGAUGAAGCAACGGAGUACUUAUAUAUCAUGAACUUCAAUGGGUUGAAACAUGAUUGUUUUUAUUGUUAAAGCCAAUUAAAGAAUGAACACGAGGAGGAAAUCAUGCCACGGACUUCUAGAAAUAUGGACUGCGAACGAGCUUCCCGGGAAAUCGGCCUGUUCUUGGUCAUGGCCACUCUGAGCCACUUUUCGAAUUAAAGUAAUGAAAUAAGAAACGUAGAUCUCUUCAAUUAACGGUAGGUCAAUUUUGUAUUAUUUACAUGCAAAGUCGAUCGUUUCAAAGUUAUGUUGUCAAAAGCCUAUGUAGCUGACCAGGAGCAGGCCAAAAAUUCAAAUUUUAUGUAGUAUUUACUACAUAACUUUGAACAUGUCUCCUGUGUACCCUAUGCAUGGGUUUGGGCUCAAACUUGGCUGAGUUCAUCUAUUCAACAUGACCUUGUGGUCGUAUGAAGUGCUUAUUUGGAAUAAGGGAAUAAGAUGAGCGGUUUAGGAGAUAGGAUAUUUUUGCUUCCGUUUGCAGUCCAUAUCUCUAGAAGUCCGUGAACAUACUGAGUAAAUUUGACCCAAAACUCUUCACUUUGCAGCACAUUUUUUUGUUUGUUUGGAACUUAACGCAUUUAUUGGAGCACACAUGAUUGAAAAUUGUAAAAUCUAUUUUAUAUAUCGACUGGAGCUAAUUAUGACCUCCUUUUUCUCUUCUCUAUCCCCUCCUCCCCCUUGACCACCAUGCACACACCCCUCCUCGGCUAACCCCUCCCCUUUCCUCACUGUUCCUUCCCCGGUAUGAAUUGUAUUUUGCUGCCCGCGGUUUGGAAU